GGGAUCCAGAGUUCCCUUCAAGGAUCCAGAGUUCCUGACCUGCUCACUUCUCACACAUUUAUUGUUUGUUAUCUUCUCUCACACACUGAUCUCCUGCAGUUUGCUCCAGCAACAAAGACACUUCACCGGCCAACAUGGACUUCAGAAAGACACUGAUAAACAAGAGAAAAUACAUUAUUAUUGCCACUUUAUCUGUAUCUGUUGUGACCAUCAUAUUAGGACUGGGUCUAGGCCUCGGACUUCAGCUGCAACAGUGCAAGAACAAGUUGCCAGAAACAUGUCGGAACCGCUGUUACGAGCCGUACGAUCAUGAGUCGUCAGCCUGUCGAUGUGAUGCACAGUGUGUGAGCAGUAACAGCUGCUGUUAUGAUUUUAUGGACAUCUGCCUCCAGCCGAUUGAGAGCUGGGAGUGUACGCCAUUGCGUUGUGGUGAAAAGCGUAUUUCUGAUAGUAAGUGCCACUGCUCUUCUGACUGUCUGGGUGCUGGUGACUGCUGUACAAACUAUGGUAUUGUUUGCAAUGGAAUGACGCCAUGGGUUCAGGAUCAGUGUGUGAAAAUGAGCAGCCCUAAAUGUCCUUCUAGUUUUAAAAGGCAGCCUCUGCUACUCAUCUCUCUUGAUGGAUUAAGGGCAGAGUAUCAGCACACAUGGCACUCACUAAUUCCAGUCUUGGAUAAGCUACGAGAAUGUGGAACAUCUUCUGCCUUUAUGCAGCCUGUAUUUCCAAGUAAAACCUUCCCUAACCACUACUCCAUUGUCACGGGUCUGUACUCUGAGUCUCACGGUUUAGUGGAUAACAACAUGUAUGACCCUGUAUUUAAUGCCUCAUUCAGUCUGUCGAAUGCAGAGAAGGACAAAGCCAGGUGGUACCUAGGACAACCGAUCUGGCUCACGGUGAUGGAUCAGGGUCUGCGAGCAGGAACUUUCUUCUGGCCAGGAUCAGAUGUUCAAAUAAAUGGAACUUUCCCAAAUAUAUAUGAGAAAUAUAAUGGAUCAAUUCCCUUUGAGCAGAGAGUUUUCACCGUACUGCAGUGGUUACAGUUGCCUGAUGAUCAGCGUCCUGAUUUCUACACUCUCUAUCUGGAGGAGCCGGAUAAAUCAGGACACAGCUUUGGACCUGUCAGUGGAGGGCUGAUCAGUGCAAUCCAAGGAGUGGACAAUGUGAUUGGACAGCUGAUGAACGGACUCAAACAGCUCGACCUCCACGAGUGCAUCAACAUCAUCGUUGUAGCUGAUCAUGGAAUGGCAGAAACAAGUUGCAACCGAAUGGAGGUUCUUCAGAAUUUCACAGGUGAUGUCUCACAGUUCUAUGUGAAUGAGGGACCUUUCGGUCGAAUCAGAGCAAUAAAUGAAAACGUUGCCUUUGAUGCUGAAGGAUUAGUUGCCAAACUGACGUGUCAGAAGCCUGAUCAGAAGAUAAAGCCCUACCUCAAAGCUCACCUGCCCAAACGUUUCCACUAUGCACACAGCAGACGCAUCGAGGAUGUCAACGUGCUCGUCGAAUCACUCUGGCUGUUCGAGAGAUACCCAGGUUCUCUCCGUUUUUGCUCUGGUGGAAAUCAUGGAUAUGACAACGAUGACCCUAACAUGCAGGCAAUGUUUCUUAGUUACGGCCCUAAGUUUAACUUUCAAACUGAGGUGGAGCCGUUCUCCAACGUUGAACUUUAUAAUCUUAUGUGUGAUGUUUUAGAAAUCACUCCAGCACCUAACAAUGGGACUCAUGGAAGUUUGAACCAUCUGCUGCACUCUCCACCCUACACACCUCAACCUCCAGUGGAGCAGAGUGCUCCAGGCCAGUGUCCCCUAACCAGCCUGGAGUCCACUUACCCACCUGGCUGCUCCUGCCAGGCCAUGGGUGACAUCAAUCUAAACUCUCGCCUCAACAUGUCUGACAUGGAAGUUUCAAUGAGUGAGAGCAAACACCUGUUGUUCGGCCGGCCCUUAGUGCUGCAGUCUAACUCAGAUUACUGUAUCCUUCAUCAGCAUGGAUUCAUCAGUGCAUACAGCAAACAGCAGCUCAUGCCUCUCUGGAGCUCUUUUACUGUGGAGAAACAGGCUGGAGGUGAUUCUGGCUCUUUGCCCGCAGUGAUACCAGACUGUCUGAGAGCUGAUGUGAGGAUCCAAGCUGAUCAGAGUCCUACGUGUAACCAAUACAACAGCAGCGCUAACAUUACAUACUUCUUCCUCUAUCCACCCAAUCUUAACAGCACAGUAGAAGAACAGUAUGAUGGUCUGACGUUGAGUAAUGUGGUUCCCAUGUACCCAGCAUUUAAGCGACUGUGGGAAUAUUUCCACAAUGUUUUGCUCCUGAAGUAUUCCUCGCAGUAUAACGGUAUAAAUGUGGUGACAGGACCUGCGUUUGAUUACAACUUUGACGGCCUCUAUGACACUGCAGACCAGAUCAAUCAGUUUGUUACAGGUACUCGUAUCCCGAUCCCCACUCAUUAUUUUGCCAUCUUAACGAGCUGCUUGAACUCAGAUCAGUCAGUGAGGGAGUGUAAGGAAGAAUUAAACACUGUGUCGUUUCUAAUGCCACACCGACCUGACAACACUGAGAGCUGCGCGAGCAACCAGGUUGAGUCAAAGUGGGUGGAGGACUUGCUGUGGUUCCACCAAUCACGCGUUAGAGACAUCGAAUGGAUCACGGGAUUGGAUUUUUUUGAGAAAAGCGGCCGACCGGUCCCUGAGAUUCUACGGAUAAAGACUCGGCCCACAGCUGCCAUUCAAAGGAAGCAGUGAUUUCUAUCAUUAUUUAUACGGUAAUGAAAUAAAUGUUAGUGUUUAAACGAA